CCGUGGGCUUUCUGUUGUUUAGCCUUGAUGCUGAUUUAAUACAAAAAUCAGGUCAGUAAAUGUUGUAAUAUUCUCAUCCUCACAGUUGUGACUAAGUUUUGUAAUAAGCAGGAAUAUCUGUAGGAGUAUCAUCUGAACUGAGAUCUGCUGCUGUGGAGAUGGAGUUUAUUAAAGAGGAGAGUGAAGAGGACAUCAGUGAACUAGAAACCUGCAGAAUAAAACAAGAGGAACCAGAACCCUGCAGAAUAAAACAAGAGGAACCAGAACCCUGCAGAAUAAAACAAGAGGAACCAGAACCCUGCAGAAUAAAACAUGAAGAACCAGAACCCUGCAGAAUAAAACAUGAAGAACCAGAAACAUUGAGUAUAACACAGGAGGAACAAGGAGAGUUUAAUGAAGGAAAUGAGGAGAAUUUAGUAGAAUUGAGUGAAUCUGAGGUGAAAAAACAAAUGAGUUGCUCUCAAACCAAACAAAAAGAUUUGAAGAAAAGAAGAGCCAAGACAUCUUUCACCUGCACUCAGUGUGGAAAGAGAUUUACAAACAAAUAUAAACUUAAAGUUCACAUGAGAGGUCAUACUGGAGAGAAACCAUUCAAAUGUUUACACUGUGACAAGAGAUUCAUUUAUUCAGGAGACCUUAAAACACAUGAGAGGAUCCACACUGGAGAAAAACCACACGCAUGUGAUCAGUGCGGGAAGAGUUUCACAACAAAAGGACACCUUAAUAGGCAUAUGAGAGUUCAUACUGGAGAGAAACCAUUCACUUGUGAUCAGUGCGGGAAGAGUUUCACACAAUUAUCACAUCUUAAGGAUCACAUGAACAUCCACACUGGCGAGAAGUGGUACACGUGUGAUCAAUGUGGCAAAACAUUUUUGAGGGCAUCAGACCUGAUGAAACACAAGAUAGUUCAUACAAAGGAGAAACCACAUUCAUGUCAUUUGUGUGGAAAGAGUUAUUCAUGUCUCCAAAGCUUGAAAGAACAUCAGAAAAUACACACUGCUGUGAAAGAGUAUGUGUGCUUUGUGUGUGAGAAGACUUUUACUUUAUCUAAAUAUUUAAAACAGCAUGAGAGGAUUCACUGUGGAGAAACACCUUACAAGUGUUCACACUGUAACAAGAGAUUCAGUCAGGCACCACUUCUGAAACGACACGAGAAGAUUCACUCUGGAGAGAAACCUUACAAGUGUUCACACUGUGAACAGAGAUUCAGCCAGUCAGGAAAUCUGAAAAGACACGAGAGAAUCCACUCUGGAGAGAAACCUUACACAUGUGAUCAGUGCGGGAAGAGUUUCAUUCAACCAUCAUGCCUUAAGGAACACAUGACAAGCCACACUGGAGAGAAACCAUACAAGUGUUCACUCUGUGAAAAGGGAUUCUUUUGGGCAGGACAACUGAAAAAACACAUGAUGAUCCACACUGGAGAGAAACCUUACCUAUGUGAUCAGUGCGACAAAACAUUUCUGAGGGUUUCAGACCUGAACAAACACCUUAAAGUUCAUACAAGGGAGAAACCACAUUCAUGUAAUUUGUGUGAAAAGAGUUUUUCACGUCUACAAAAUUUGAAAAUACAUCAGAAACUACAUACUGGUGUGAGAGAGUACAUGUGCUUUGUGUGUGAAAAGACUUUUGCUACAGCAAAUUGUUUAAAAACGCAUGAGAGGAUACACACUGGAGAGAAACCUUACAAGUGUUCACACUGUGACAAGAGAUUCAGUCAGUCAACAAAUCUGAAAAGACACGAGAGAAUCCACACUGGAGAAAAACCACGCUUGUGAUCAGUGAGAAAAUAGUUUUGCACGCAAAAGUAUCCUUAAAGCAUAUUUGAGAGUUCAUUCUGGAAAGAAACCGUUGAUCAAUGUGUCAAGAGUUUCACACAAUCAGCAAACCUUAAGGACCACAUGAACAUCCACUCUGGAGAGAAACCUUACAAGUGUUCACAUUGUGACAAGAGAUUCAGUCAGUCAGGAGACCUGAAAACACACAAGAGGAUCCACUCUGGAGAGAAACCGUAUCACUGCACUGCAUGUGGGAAUCGUUAUAAUCAAUCAUCUGCUCUACACAGACAUAUAAAAAGCAACCACAGCAAGUAGAUCAUCUUCAGAUCAGCACUUUCACGUCUGAUGCUGCAUCCCCGUCAAAUGAAACACAAAUGAAUCAAGCAGUAAAACAUCAUCUGGAUAAAUCUGUCCUAACCAGACAUUACAAGAGACAUGACAAAGAAACAUUAUCUGAAGUUUCGCAGUGAAAAAAGUUCAUCUUCAUCUUCAAAACCAGAGAAAAAUGUCAGAAAGAUGUAUUCUUGUAUAUCAUUGUGUUUUCUUAAAAGUUUCAUAUUAUGUUCAGUUGUCUUAUAAUGCAUAUGUUUCACCUGUAGUUUGCUUAGUUUGCUUUUGAUGUUUGAUGUAAAUUUCAGUGGUAUAUUAAGAAAUGUAGUGUCUUGAGGACGUAUGUGUCUGUUAAGUCAACGUGACCAUAGUAAAACAUUAUUAUAAGUUUAUACCACUAAUUUAUAAUAGAAAACUGGUAUUGCUAUUCCCUAGUAUUCCCAUACAUUCAAAUUAAUUAAGAAUAAAUCGUAU